ACUGCCGCCCUCAGAGUGCCAGUCAAGCGACUUUUUCGGUCUGUGAUCGCAGUGGACCUGGAAACUCUAUUUUAUUAUUUUUUUUCAAUAUGUCUUUGAGUCGGAGAAACUGGUCGGCUUUGUCCAGCCUUGCACGGCAGUGGACAAUGGAGGACGAGGAGGAGGUGGAGAGGGAAAAAAGGAGGAGGGUGAAGACAACUGCUGACCCAGAUGAAGACUUCAGCCCCACUCCCACUCCUGAAAACACACCCAGUAGUGAUAGUGCCUUUGAGACAGACUCUUCCAGUGAAAUGUCCCAACACACUAACAGUAUGGAGCAGGUGCAGCUCGACUUUGUGGAGAUGCUGCGAGUGCGUGACGAAAGGCGAAGGAUGCGGCACGUGGAAACGUUGAGACGACAGAAGGAAGAAGGGGAGGAUGAAGCUGAAGUCAGCGGAGGAGGAGGAGGAGGAGCCAGGGUAGAGCUGCUGGGGGACAUGGGUGAAGAGGGAAGUGUUGUCAAACCACAGCCAUCAGUAAAAACAGCUUCUCACAGCACCAGCACCAGCACUGGCACCAGCACUAGCAACAAUGCCAGAAGCAGAAAACAUGAGAAUGGAGAAUCAUCGGGCAAAGACCCUGAUCCAAAACCAUCCUCCAGCCCAGCUCGCAAGUUUGUCAGUUCUGUCUCCAUCUCACUUGACAAGAGUCCAUCUGUCAGUGGGCGCACGACUCCCAUGAGCCCCGGCUCUCCCACAGCCCCGUUUUCACCUCGCGAACACUGGUCCUCACCCUGCCAGAGUCCCUCUCCUCAGGGAGCUCAAAGCCCUGUUCGGAACGGGCACACACAGGAGACCAAUGGAAACAUUGAACAGGCGACCAAACCUGCUUUCAUCAGACAGAGCUCCAGGACCGUAUCUUUCAGGAUGAUGAGAAAGAAAGAAGAGGAGGCUUCGCCGCUCCAGAGGAGCUUUAGUGUGAGGACGACCUCCAAGAAGUUUGAGUCCAACGCAGACCAAAAUGAAGAAGAAAACAAAACACCAUCUUUCCAGAGAAACUCUAGGCAGAGGAUUUCAUCUAGAUCCAUCCAGGAAAAGAUGGAGAGACUGGCUCAGGCUGCACAGAAGUCAGAGUUGACACGAUUCCCAGAUGUCACGCAGAGGACUCUGGUCCUGCUGGAAGAGGUGUCCAGGAAGAGAGGAAUCUUUGAGAAGGAGCAGCAGCAGCAGGUGCAGAGCCCCACCAGUCCUGGAGUUUCCAGACAGGAAUUUCGGGGCUUCACGUCAGGAAUGUCAGACCGGAUCAACCGCUGGCUCAACAAGACCAGCAAAACUGGGUCCUCACACAGCCCUACUGAUUUGAGACAUGUGGACAUUACUGGUAAGAGGAGCCUGUUUGAGAACAGAGGAGAGGAUGGUGUCUCAAAAGGCAGUCGUGGAAAAAUGUGAAUUAAAGGAAUCGUAUUUAUAAUGCCCAACAGGAUUCUGAUAUGCCAAAGUGAGAGGCAGAGAAGAUUAAUGGAUCUGACGACUGAGUGAUUUCUUUUUUUUUUUUUUUUCCCAUUUGCUGUCAACUUACAGAUCUGAAACGGGCAGAGGGGGAAAGAGAAAAGGCCUGCUGAGUUGUAGCUUUUAGACGACUGAAAAGGAGUAAACUGCUUUUAAAGUUAGGAAGCUUUUUUAAGAGCUCUUCUCUCAAACGUUAAAAUAUGUUUAAAAAUGCUUUUAAAAAAAAGAUGUGUCAGUGAUGUUUCAUUUGUUUGAAUCUUUUUCUGCUGUUUGCCUUCGUGUAAUUUUUUUCAAGCACUUUAAGCAGGUGAAGGUUUUAAGGAUUAUUUGUUUUACUGAAUUACACUGC